GGAUGUUUACGGCGGCGGCGGUCGGAAGGCGCAGCCGGGCUGCGGGCGGGCGAGGGGCGCCGGACGGGCGAGGGGCGCCGGGGGAGCUGCAGGUCGCGGCCUAGGCAGCCCGAGCUCGCGGGCCGGCCGAGCCCGGAGAGAUAAUCUUCAUCUAACGUGUUCCACGGAUCCAGCUUCUGUCAGCUCCAGGAAUGGUGUACACACGGCAGCCUUUCUAGUGUUGGAAGAAAAUCCCGCUGUAGGAGUUCUAGUUUUCACGCGUUGCCCGCGUGCGAUCCGGAGGAUGGGAGGUGCGGUGAGCGCCGGUGAGGACAACGACGAGCUGGUGGACAACCUGAAGGAAGCGCAGUACAUCCGGACCGCGCCGGUCGAGCAGGCUUUCCGGGCUAUCGAUCGCGCGGACUAUUACCUUGACGAGUUUAAAGAAAACGCUUACAAAGACUUGGCGUGGAAGCACGGCAACAUCCACCUCUCGGCUCCGUGCAUCUAUUCAGAAGUGAUGGAGGCCCUGGACCUGCAGCCGGGCCUCUCCUUCUUGAACCUGGGCAGCGGCACGGGCUACCUCAGCUCCAUGGUGGGGCUCAUUCUCGGUCCUUUUGGUGUGAACCACGGGGUUGAACUCCAUUCGGAUGUAAUAGAAUAUGCAAAGCAGAAGCUGGACUUCUUCAUUAGAACCAGCGACAGCUUUGACAAAUUUGACUUCUGUGAACCUUCCUUUGUUACUGGCAAUUGCCUGGAGAUUUCUCCAGAUUGUUCUCAGUACGAUCGUGUGUACUGUGGGGCUGGUGUGCAGAAAGAGCAUGAAGAGUACAUGAAGAGUCUUCUCAAAGUAGGGGGCAUCCUUGUCAUGCCACUGGAAGAGAAGUUGACUAAGAUAACGCGAACUGGCCCUUCUGCUUGGGAGACUAAAAAGAUUCUGGCAGUUUCUUUUGCUCCUCUGGUCCAGCCCUGUCAUUCGGAGUCUGGAAAAUCAAGACUUGUCCAGUUACCGCCGCUGGCCGUGCGGAGCCUCCAGGACCUGGCUCGAAUUGCCAUCCGUGGGGCCAUCAAAAAGGUCAUCCGUCAGGAGACCGCGAGCGGCAGCGGAAACGGACUGAAGACCACUCCCCGGGCCAAGAGGCGGAGAGUGCGCCGCCGUCGCAUGGAGACGAUUGUCUUUUUGGACAAGGAGGUAUUUGCCAGUCGGAUCUCCAGCCCCUCCGACGACACCAGCUGUGAGGACUUGGAAGAGGAGCAGCGGCGGGAGGACAGAGCCCCGCCGGAGGCGAAGCCGGCCCCGCCGGUGAACUUCCUGCGCGAGAAGGUCCUGAGCCUCCCUCUGCCAGACCCCCUGAAAUACUACCUGCUCUAUUACCGGGAGAAGUAAGUCUGUGGGCACCGGAUGAGGUGCAGCCCGAGGCCGCCCUCCCACCCCCACCCGGGCCCUCACGGGGUCACCGGGCACACGCCGUGGGGAAGGAGAGUGCGGUCCUCUCCACGUUUCUGUGUUCAGUUUGUUCUUGGGUUUCCUCUAGAAUUCCAUUCGCUGGUAUCAUUUCAGUAAACGUAGUCUUUUGACAAGCAAAGUGCAUAGGGGAAUGUUUUCUCAAAAGGGAGAGAAUCUCCAGGAGAAGCGUGUUUGCUUUCUGCUCUGGUGAAACUCUGACAUCUGCACGCAGAGACCCAGCCGAGACACACAAGUGUGCGCUGCCCGUGAAGCAGGGCAGUUGAAAUUAACCCACGUUGCUCCUAAAAUGUGUAAAAGAAAGCACAAGUUUGCAAGUGUGUAACCUCUUUCCCAGAUGUGAGGCACCUGUGUCCAAGUUGGAACUUGACGGUACCAGCCUGUUGAGCACCGGCGCUGACCUCCGCUAACCUUUUCGUUUUCUGGAGGGGACCGUUAUUGAAAAGCUCUCCCUUACUUUAAAUAAAUGUGAUUAAAUCUGA